AUGGACUUUCUUGCUGGCUGCAUUGGAGGUGCUGCCGGAGUCUUAGUAGGACACCCUUUUGACACGGUUAAGGUGAGACUACAGGUCCAGAAUGUGGACAAGCCUCUUUACCGCGGGACCUACCACUGUUUCCAGUCCAUCGUACGGCAGGAGUCAAUGUUUGGGCUGUACAAAGGCAUCGGCUCCCCCAUGAUGGGCUUAACCUUUGUCAAUGCCAUAGUGUUUGGAGUGCAGGGCAACACCAUGCGUUACCUGGGCCAUGACACCCCUAUGAACCAGUUCCUGGCUGGGGCCGCAGCUGGGGCAAUACAGUGUGUCGUCUGCUGCCCCAUGGAGUUGGCCAAGACACGCAUGCAGAUGCAAGAUUCUGGAGGGUCGAAGCUGUACAAGAACUCCCUGGAUUGUCUAGCACAUAUCUACAAGCGGGAGGGGCUGCUGGGUGUGAACCGCGGCAUGGUCACCACGUUGAUCCGAGAGACCCCCUGCUUUGGAGUCUACUUCCUGACCUACGACAUCCUAACCCGCUCCAUUGGCUGCGAGCCCGGCGACCGUUACAUGAUCCCCAAGCUGCUCUUUGCCGGCGGGAUGUCGGGUGUCACCUGCUGGCUGUCCACCUAUCCUGUGGACGUGAUUAAGUCCCGCCUCCAGGCGGACGGGGUGGGCGGAGUCUACCAGUACAGCAGCAUCGCUGACUGCGUGCGGCAGAGUGUGAAGAGGGAGGGGCUCAUAGUGUUCACGCGAGGUCUCACCUCCACCCUGCUCAGGGCGUUUCCCGUCAACGCUGUCACCUUUGCCACAGUCACUCUGGUGCUGAUGUACGCACGGGGGGUGGAGGGGCCAAAGGACAGUGAACCCACGACCCCCGUCACAGCUCACCACACACAGCUGCAGCAGCAGGCCCAAGCCUCCAGCCUGUGACCUGAGUCUGGAGAAGUGUUAAACCCACCUGAGCUGCUCUACUGUGGGGUGAAGGAGGGAAACCCAUAGGGCCAAAUACACUUUGAAUCUGAGUAUGGAAGCACAUAUACAUACAGCUGAAUCAGGAGUCUAUCUAUAGAUAUGCAGUGUCUCCACUUGACUUGUAAAUAUAAUUUACUCAAAGCACUGAUAUCGUUGGAAGAUGAGAUAAAGAAAGAAAAUUGGAUGUAGUGAGACAGAUUCUGAACCCAAAGCUUGAUAUGACUCUAAUAUUUCUUCCAAAAACCAAAAUAGUUAUGGUUAGGUCGCUGGUACUAACUGGUACAAUCACAAGUCCACUAACUAAGAGUGUAAAUCCAAUAAAAUUUUAUGUGUCACAUACUUUGUAGACAACAGGUGACAUGCUUACUUACGGAUCCUUUUCCCAACAAUGCAGAGCUAAAGAUAAGAUAUAUUUUUUGAAUAAAAAUAGGGACGUGGGGAUUAAAUACACUGUAAAUAAGAAUAAUGAUUCAAAAUAACAUGGCACAAACGAUGUGCAGGGGUACUAGGUAAUUGAGGUACAGUUGAAGUCGGAAGUUUACAUACACCUUAGUCAAAUGCUCUUAUCCAGAGCGACUUACAAAUUGGUACAUUCACCUUAUGACAU